UAUUGACAUCUAGUCCUAAUGCAUCAGCUGUGUUUUCACAGGAUGAUUCAGUGCACGACUCAGGCUAUGCUCAGGCUCCUCGUAGCAGUGUCACUGUCAGCUUGCAUGAAUAGCUAGAUAGCAGUAUCAAGCUCUCUUCUAUUGUGCUGGUGUCUUGUGAAGGCUAUGGUCGCUGCUCUUGGAAAUGCCAUCGAAUGCGUAUACUACGAAGACUGCGCAAGGUUUGACGAGAACGCGUUCUGCAGCGACAAUAGCUGCGUUUGUGCCAACGGUACACACAGGGACAUAGACAGCGGCGUAGUGAAAUGUAAUUCAGGACGAGCCUUAAACGACACUUGCGAAUCUUCGGAUGAAUGCUCCGAAGUUGACCAUCUUUCGCGAUGCCUUGGUGGUUUCUGCCGCUGUAAACCGGGAACUCACGAGUCGCCAACUGCCAUUGGACUUCGUUGCUUUCCAGGCAGAAUAGCCAGACCACUGUGCGAUGCAGAAAGGCCGUGUGGUUCGCACUCCUUCGUGUGCACUCCGUGGGGUACCUGCGAGUGUAGACUCCCAGGUUACAAAGCGGAGCUUUUGUUUUCACGUUGGCGAUGUAUACAAGAUCCGUUCUUCUUUGAAGGUAGAACCACAGUGACAUUCCUAAAGGUGUCUCCCGUUCCACUCCUAGUUAUAUGUAUCAUGCUGGCCUAUUUUGGAUACCAACGGAAGGCCAAAUCUCCGCCUGCCCACAGAAGCAUGCGAGAGGCGAGCCGCUUGCACAACAGGCGUAUCGUGCCACUCUGGAGAGGGGUCACCUUCCGCAGCGCACCCACACGCAGCAGUGCCACGACCGCGCAUUCGCAGUCGCAGGGUCCGGUCUCCCCACCAGCGGCGAGGCCGACUACCAUGACUGCAGUUGCUCCUCCGCAUUCUGUGGAGGUCGUUCUGCCGCAAGGUGACGUUUCGCCUCCUCCACCUUACCAAGCGGAGCCAGAUGAUGCCCCACCGAGCUAUGAUGAAGUAGUGCGGUCACUGCCAGCUCUACCUCCGGCCAGUCAUGUCAUCUCUGUACCAGACGAUAAAAGUUGCAACUCUGAUGCAAAGCAGUUCAAAGGGUAACUUUGUACAUUACACCAAGUGCGGUAAGUUGUGUAUGAAUUUCUCUGUCAUCAUCAGAAUGUUGUUUGCAAGCACCAACGUGCGUUUUUGUCCCUUGGUCGCGAGGUACCAUAGCUGUAUUCCAGAAAUGUGUGCCAUGUGUUUCUUUGGGUGUGCCUAUUGCCACAGAUGUACAAAAAUUCAGUUAUUCAGUGUGCCAUACAAUAUGCAGCAUCUACAUGUUCCGUAUUUCUCAGCUGUGCCCUCAGUCUCUUUGAUGCUGACAGUUCAUCUCGGCUGGUAAAGUCGGACGGCCCAAAACAGUAUGCUGUGUAGACCAUUUGUAGUAGCCUCACGCUAAUAUAUGUCAUAAUGCAGUAUACUUUUCCUUGUUUCUUUCCUUAUGCUGGAAUACCAGGGCCUGUAUCGAAUUUCUAUACUGCAUGUAUUCAUAUGGUAUGGAUCCUCUAGUUACUCUCAUGCUUCGAGGUCGCGUCUAGUUAGCACAACUCCUGUGAGGUUCAGCAUAAAUGGUCAGCACUGUAUUAGGGAACCUCAAAUGGGCAUGACGUUUAUGCCUAUCAAAUGUCAAGGAACUUAUCUUCUGACUCAAGUAACUUUGCUGGGUGGGUGCAUUUGUUUUAUUUGGUCGUUAAAUUCUCUCCAGCAAAAUUAGAGAAGCUGUCAAUGGGUGCAUACAGACGUCUUUCAUUGUCACCCAAUUUAAUCAUUUCUUCAUGCUUUAAACCUUGCAUUACUCAUUUGCAAGCAUUCGCGAACUUCUGAAUACCAUGUUUACACUUAGGAUUUGCUAUGUCACAUACGGUAGUUUCCUCUAACACUACAAUCAACUGUAGAAAAGGCAUUUCAGUGUCAGUGUCAGGCUGCCUUGUGCUCUACAAACCAAAUUUAACGAUGUAUUCAUAUGAGCGACAUUCCCUACAGAAUAUUCCUGUGGAAGAAAGAAAAUGCUCACAGGGCAGAAAUUUUGCUGUGUGUCAUGUUGAGCAUUCGCACUGUGCCAGAAUAUCGGGAGUGGCAUACUUCGCAGACGACACGGUCUCAGUGUGUUCCUGUCGUUUGCUACGGAAUAUCAGGAUAUUCCCUGCGGUUAGCGGUGCACAAAAAGACAUGAUGUGGCAGGAGAUAUCUAUGUCGCUUUUGCAUCUUCUGAGUAUUCUGGGGGAAUGUCGCCCAUGUGAAUACAGGGUUACUGACAUCUUCCUCUCGCAGUUCCCGAAUCGGGGAAUUUUUCUCGUUUUCCAACAUUCAAGUAUUUGUUGCAUAGUAGUCUUCCUCAUCACUGUAGUCAUGCUGAGCAAUGCGGGACAUACAGUAUGUAUCGUGUGGCUCUGCUAAGGUUGACGUCUGUACAACCAUAUUUUCGAAUACCACCGUGAAGAGUUUUUGAGUAGAUGCAAACUGGAAGGAAGCCAGGAAACUUGUCCCUUGUAGGAUAAGUUAUGUCACAUUGCUUUUCCUGCUCCAAGAUGUCUCAUAUUUUUGCAGAAAAUCUGGGAAUAAUAUUCUAUUCUGGGAAUAUUCUGUGACUUCUUUUCCAAAGUGAAGUCAAGCUUCUUUGUUGGAAGUAUGUUGCUCUGUAGCAAAUACUGUUACGCUAUUGUGAUUCCACUCCAUACUGUCAUCUCUAGUAUCCUGAAAUGUAGCAUGUUUUACAUUAUUCCAGAGGAACAUUAUGAUCUUGUGUCUAACUAUUAUAAAAUGUCCAUAUGCCUUGCAUUUAGCGCAUGUAGUUAGUAUCCAAAAGGAUGCUCAUUGCAUCUGCAGACUCACUACGAAACACCUACUGUUCUCAGAUGGAAAAUCAUGUUGAAUGUGAGCCAAAUCAGAAGUGCUCCCGAUUGAAAUUGGUGAAACAGUUCCGAAACUUACUGACCAAGAUAGAUAGUGUGUGCUAUCUGUACAUAUAACACCAUUAAUUGGAAUUUAAAUACAAAGAAUUGAGCUAAACUCAUGGUGAUUUGGUCUGAUUCUCUGUCCCCAGGUAUGCAUUUUAGUCCAACGUGACACCUCUCUUCAAAGAUUUGCGUUGGCGCUGAAUUUCAAGUGGACCUUUUCAUGAAGGUUCUUAACAAAUGCAGAUAUAUUGCAGAUGUAAAACAGGAAAGCAGGCAAAUGUUGGAGCAGAUGAGGUUUCUCCCCUCUUUAUAACCCCUUAUUAACUGCUAUGCUUUCAGCCUUCCUGCUUAAGUACACAAAUAUAAAACAGUGAAGCGUAAUGGUGGUAUUUACUACUAGUAAUGGAACCGACUAACAGGUUUGUUAGGUUUUCACCACCUGCAUACGCUAUUAGCGUCUCCAAAAAUGCGACUUACAUUUUUUACUGCAAAUGCUGCCUUUUUGACACACUUAUAGCUUGUUAAGAGGAACAAAUCCACACCUCUGCCCACUUUUACUUACUUCUAUUAUACCUGUUACAAUCCAGCUUCAAAUGCUUUGUGCACACAGAAGUAGACUAGAAAUUUUCUAAUCUUGUACAAUGUUUACGGUAGCACACAUUCUAGAUACCUGAUUGCUUUCCCACUCUGUUUUGUUUAAAAUUUUAUGUGUUAGCUUUAGGAGCAGUAAAGUGCUUGUUGUAAAAACUGCACUACUAGUAUAAAACUUUUACUUACACCAAGCUCUACGUCAUAGUCACUGGGGUUCGCAUCCUGAAACACUGGCAAGUGAGUUACAUACCAAGGAAAUGGUAUGUAAUAUACGCAUGUAGACAUUGUUUCCAGAAUUUGUCCCGGUUACUGCGAUUCAGUAGCAUUUCCAUUCCAAUUUCCAAUAGCACAUCCAUGUUCCAUUUCGUUUUUUACCCAUGCUGCCCAAGUUCUUUCUUUCUACUCUUAGCUGCCCUCAAGUAUUUGUCAAUAUGUGCUUGUGCAAUCCAACCUAUGCCUCGGCACACGCAGGACUUCUUAACAAUUUAUACUAAAGUCGAAGGACCCAAAGGAAGGAACCUUUUUGGCAUGCUGAAAGAAUGGAAUCUUUCUUAUAGAGGCACAGUGUAUCGUUCAUUCGCUGGUGGCGUGAGGUUUGUACAGGUAGCUUAAAAUGAUUAAGUGAUCACUUACACAGCGCUAUGCCUUUUUAAUGAGAGCCGGUAUGCAGAAACAGUGUAGGUAAUGAAAUGGUGCAUGCGAACUUGGGACACCCGUCAUUAGAAUAUCUCGAGCGGGAUGCCAGGUACAGUGAACCCUCGUUAUUAUGACCAUGGUCGUUCCCGAAAAUUAUGGUCAUAACGUGGAAUUGUCAUAUUAACGGGAGGGAUUUGCGGAGGUUUCACUGCAUUGUUCCCCAGGAGUAUGGUCGUAAAGCGCGUAUGUCAGAUUAUCGGGGGUCAUAUUAACGAGGGUUCACUCUAAAAUGUAGAGAGCCUUGUCACUCUCUUCUGUACGUCUUAACUUCCGGUAGGCUCGGGGCUUUUCGUCGACCCAUUAACGAGUAAUCAGACGUAAAGUGGAAACUAAUACCCCAAAGUGGAACUAGGCCCUGGUUGUGUUGGAUCCCAGUUGUUCCCACACCAGUGUUGGAUCAUGUUGUAGGGCUCUCAAUGUACCACCCAAGUCUACUGUUUUUACGACACCACAUUUCCUAUUACUGUUAAGAGCAGGGAUUUGUUUAAUGUGGUUUGAUAACCUUGCCUCGCUUGCCAUCUGGUGUAGGCGUUUGGUGUGCUGAGUACAGUAUAACAAGUUGUGCGUGUCUUUGAGUACUGACAUACUGCUCCAUACGUAACAGUGAUGUUCUGAUUCGAGGUAACUAUGUUUUGUGACCAAUCAUUUGUGGCUCUCUGAAUAUUUACACUGGUUAGUCUACAUCUGUAUUUUAUUGUGUGUUUGCUUGGUCCCAUUCUUAAUUCCAAGAGGCUCAAGGUUUCGUCUUCUGGUUCUUUUUGUGUGCAGUUCGUUGCAGUAGGAGCUGAGCAGCAUGAAACUAUAACCAGCCAACACUUUUUUUUUUACGUUGUCAGAUUUUU